CUUUGCCGUCGCUCAUUGGAUGACGUCGUAUCAACGCGGCCGAAACGUUAAGCGUACCCCAGCAGCGGCGGCCUGUGUUUUCACUGAUCGCUGUAAUUUUUUUCUUCAGUGGAGGAUUUAUCUCUACAGUCCGUCACCACCAUGAAACUAGUCAGGUUUUUGAUGAAACUCAGCCAUGAGACGGUUACCAUUGAACUGAAGAAUGGCACCCAGGUCCACGGCACCAUCACAGGCGUCGAUGUCAGCAUGAACACCCACCUGAAGGCGGUGAAAAUGACCCUAAAAAACAGGGAGCCCACUCAGCUGGAAUCUCUGAGUAUCCGUGGCAACAACAUUCGCUACUUUAUCCUUCCCGACAGCCUCCCGUUGGACACUUUGCUGGUUGACAUUGAGCCAAAGAUCAAGUCCAAGAAGAGAGAAGCAGUGGCUGGAAGGGGACGAGGCAGAGGACGAGGACGUGGCAGAGGAAGAGGACGAGGUCGGGGCGGCCCAAGGAGAUGAUCGCAGAGUCGUACAUUUGCUGGCCCCCACCCCCACUGUUUGUACAGGAUUUUUUCUUUUUUUUUUUUUCUCAGAGGAUUUUGUGAAUUUCCAUGUGUUUUUGUUCCAAGUUUUGAUUUUCCUUUUUUUUGUACAUUAAAAUCCUUGAAUUAAGAGGAUAAA